AUGGGAAGCUGUGCUAGCGUUCAAAAUCACGAGAGAACUCCAUUCUACGCAAGGUUCAUUCUUCAGGAGAAGAUUGGCCAGGGCUCCUAUGGGAAGGUCUACCUGGUGAAGGACAAGAGAAACCAAAAGAUUCUGGCUGUCAAAGUACAGGCGGCGCAAUUUGGCAGGGAGUGGGUGAUCACAGAUGAGGUAAACAUCUGGAGGUCGUUAGGGCGACAUCCCAACAUCGUGUCCUUCCAUGACCUGCGGCAAGAAGCCAAUGUCUACUUCAUUUUGAUGGAGGUUUGCCCCAGGGCAUUGUCCGAUCGUGUGAUGUACUCACCGCAGUGGACGGCCGUGGAUCUCAUGCAUGACUUCAAGCAAGCUCUGCUCGGCCUUUCACACAUGCAUGCCCGGAGGAUUCUCCAUCGAGAUAUCAAGGUGCAGAACUUCCUGUAUGGUGGUCGGGACGACAGGACUCUGAAGCUGGCAGAUUUCGGCUUGUCCGUCCAUCUCCGUCCAGGAGAGAAGCUGGAUGCAGUCUGCGGCUCUCCAGCCUUCAUGGCACCAGAGAUGGUCAUGAGGCAAGGCUACGAAUUCAAGAUCGACAUGUGGAGCAUGGGGGUCACUUUUUUCAUGGUUAUGUAUGGGACUCUCCUCGUUGGAAAACCCAAGAUGAGCGUUCCUGAGAUGAAGGAGGCGAUCAAAAGCCCGACAGCUACGAAGACGGCGCUGCAAGGUGCAAUGCAGAAGGCAGAUACGUGCGAAGGCGAAGAGCGCGAGUUGAAGCACGCUGCUUUGGACGUUGUGAAGCAGUUGACCGUGAGGGAGCCGACCCAGAGAGUUGGCCCCAAGGAUGCGCUGGACCUACCUUUCAUUCACUUAGUGGCGGUGGCCAGUGAAGAAGACUUGGCCAGAUACAGGAAAAUCUUGCUGGUGGACCGCCCUCCAGCUGCCAAGAAGAAGGCGGUGACGGAACCGGAGGCUGAUAUGGUCCGAUCAGGCAAGCCACCCGUACCUCGCAAGCCCCAGCCGCAAAGUCCCAGAGUGGAUGCUCUUACGCCAGUGGUGCCUGGUGGCGGAAGCGGCGGCAACCCACCUUUUACGACAAGUGGCGACAGGCAACUUGGAGUGAAUGUCAGUGAUUCCGGCCAAGGCAAGCGAAGGGCAAAGUCCUCGAACGUCAUUAUGUUCCAGGGAAGCGAUGGAGUCGCAAAGCGACCGUCUGACAGAAUUCAACUUCCAGAUCAUCUAGACUCCCCGUCCCCGAACAGCUUUCGCGGAAUGGAGGGCGGCGCAUCUUCACUGAAGUUGCAGCGAUUCAAAAGCGCCGGAAACCUCGAAGGUGGCCGCCGCCAGUCGCAGCACUCGAAGGUGAGCUGCGAGCUGGGACUCGCUGGGGAGUCUGAAGAGUUCAUCCGCAUGAGCGUUACAAACUGUUUGAUGCAGGCCUACCGGGGUGGCAGCAGACGGCUGAUUGAUUCAGGCUUCGUUCGGGUGCAGGGAAGCGGCGUCCUGAGCCCGGACAGUUCUUACGCACUGGGGGGCGGCGGCUUGGAGAGCUUCGGCGCCCCACCGUCUGACGAAGCACACUUCCGGAGCCGCCUCGCUGCACCUUCAAACAGGUCCGCGGCAUCCUCGUCUGGUGCGGCGAUGUCUGUUUCGCAAUUGCACGCGGCAGUGGGAGACUCCCGCGGCGUGCCUGUUCCGAAAUCUCGGGCAGAUCACAGCAGUCCGUUCUUUGUCUCGGAGGAGCCCGGCGUUCUGAAAAUGCUGCCUGGAAGUAUCCAAGAGCGCCUCGAUGCGUGA